AUGAAGAUCUUAGCACAGUGCUCAAUCAUGAUCAUCGCCCUGGUGGUUGUCCAGGCGAAUCCUGGCGGCUUUGGAGGUGGUAGAGGCUUCAGAGGUGGUGGAGCUGGAAGUAGUGCAAGUGCUUCUGCCGUUGCUAAUGCCAAUGCCUACGGUCAAGGCGGUGGCGGUGCCUACGGACCUCAUGGUGGUGGCGGUGCCUACGGACCUCAUGGUGGUGGCGGUGCCUAUGGACCUCAUGGUGGUGGCGGUGCCUAUGGACCUCAUGGUGGUGGCGGUGCCUAUGGACCUCAUGGUGGUGGCGGUGCCUACGGACCUAAUCUCUACGGUGGCAACGCAGCCGCCAACGCUCAGGCCAAUGCUGUUGCUUCAGCCAUCGGUAAAUAA